CUGUUCGGGCUAUGCCAAGCCGGACCUCCACGACGAAAACCUCACCAGUAAGAAAGGGAAACAAGGAACCAAGCGGAGGGAAGGGACCGCCUAAACCGGGUAUGCAAUGCUGCCCACCAUGGCAUAAUGGUAAGGCUUGUCAUAGACCUACCCUCAGCUUUCAAGCUCGUCAACUAAGUCUGGUCGAAAGCAGAGUAGCAGCAGCCACCUGCCCGAACGCCACCCGCCUUGGUAAGUGGUUUGAGGAAGAGCGCUUUGGAAAGGAGUGGAGAGUGCCGGAGAAGUCAGUGCGCGCACCCAACACGAAGAACAUCAGCGGCGACGAUGGCGGCGGCGGCGGCGGCGGCGGCGGCGAUGACGACGGCGUAGCAGUUUUGGCAGAGCCUGCGUUUGCACUCGGCUGAUGUAGAGGCGCCGCAACGCGGGCUUCGUUCGCAGAGGCAACAGUGACCAAGAUAGGGCAAACGACGGACUCGAUGUUGUUGUAGUUCGCUUACUUUACUCACAAACGGUACGACGUCUGUUUACUGGAAAUAACGACCGAAAGUGCCACGGCCUUUACAACAGCAGCGCUGGUAACAUCGAGUAUAGUAAAAAAACGAGUGCUGCUUUAAUCGGCAACAAACAUUAGUUAUCAACAAUAACAUGGACCUUAGUAAGUACUUAUAGCCGACAUGCCUGCUGUAGUGGAGAGACAAUUUAUGGUUCUUCUGCUAUUUUUACUACUCCUGUUGAUGCCGCCAGAGCAACAACUACUGCUCGUGAGUCUGUCUUAGUUCUUGUCGAAGCACUGAAUGCCGCCACCAGAUCAUCAGGCAGAUCUCAUACGAAGUAACGGUCAAAAUGGCCAGCGACUCAAGGCAACGCUACUGCCAACAGUUCUGCUAACGCUGAUUCGGAGAAGACACUGACCAGGGUCGAAAACACUUAGGAUAUUCUUGUGUAUGUCCAUCCAUUUGACUUCGUUUAUCUGUCGCAGUCUAUUGUGUGUGUCUGUGACCGCAAAUGUUGGACUUGUCGAAGCAAUUGCAACUGUGCUAGUUACUCCGUUAGCGCGAUUGGUAACGAUAAUUGCCGCUCACUAUACCGGUGAUCUGACAACACUGAUAGUAGUUGUCUCAGAAGUUAAAGGCUUUUUUAAGCUUCUCAACAAGAUUGCGGCCCUAAGCAAGGCACGUUGCUUGAGGCUAGCUGUAGCUACACGAUCGGCGGGAGAAAGGUAGGCACGCAGGGAAAGUGUCCUGCAAUAGUAGCGACAGUACCAAUAGGCCGCUAUAAGUAUCGAGGUGUGUGAACUGUGAAGAAAAAAACCAGCUAUGGAAGGUGCCAGUGCAUUGUUAAGUACAACGAAGAGAAUUAAGUAACUUUUUUCUAAUCGUUUUAUAGCGCGCGGAAUCAAUCGGCAACGUUUGUCUCAGCGUCGCUCAUACGUAAAUCAUUAACAAGGACAAUGACUGAACUCGCGUUUGUAAGACUGCACUAAAGAUUACGAUUCUAAACCGUUCAAUUUUUCUGUUUGUACUUUUCGUUUAUCUGUGAUAGGCGAAUAUAAUUUUAGUUGGUGCUAAUAAGUUGCGGGUCAUUUUGUUUUGGUGUAUUGACAAGGACGCAUAAUACCUGUGCUCGGUAGGACCAGUCCAGCGGUCCUUAUACUACGGAAUACUAAACGAAAUAGUUUCAUACGGUAGUGGUAAACCCCUAAGCGAAGGGGAUCCGAGUUGGCUCAAAAUCUUGGCAUUUGAGCUGGAGUUGUCUGUGGCAGAACUGUUACCAGAAUCAGCCUAAGUAAUCAGCGCCCUUCAUAGAAGUAUUUACAUGUAGUUUCUGCACGUCAUUGAUAGCCAUUGGAGCAUUAACUUUUAAUUGUUAAUUGUCCACUAGUGGCUAUGCAUAUAAUACAGAUUAACUGGUAAAGAAAAUAAGGAGCCAUAUAUCUUUGUUGAGGGCGCUUCGAAACAUUCUUCAAAAGGAAGAUUAUGCACUUGAAGUGUACAACGCGUACAAGCGUGUGUUAUUCUUACAACGAAGUUCCGUUUUCCGGUAUUCGGAUAGCGUAGGGCCUCAGGAAAAGAAAGUAUUGGUAACUUGUGUACAGACGACGAUAGGUGUCGACUCGGGUCAAAUAAAAGUUGUCCGUUAAAGAAGGCGAACGAAGCUCGCGUAUGAUCAAUUGUACCACGGUGAUGGAUAUAACGCGGCGUUUACGUUGUCCUUUGUGAGUGACCGAAGCAGAUAGCGGCAUUUAGAAGACAUUUACCACUCUCUCCAUUACCGAAUAAUUAUCGAAAUCCCAAAGCAUUAUUCGGCCUCCAGGCUAUUGAUUACUCGUUAUUGAUUCGAUGGUCGCGGUUCAAAGAACCCAACCUAUUCUAUCCUUAGUUGGGCAACCGUCAAUCGGGGUUUUGCAAGUCGUCAAGAAAAAUUGCGCAUCCCGAUACGAACCCUUGUACCACGGAGCGUCUCCAGUAGACAGAAGAGAUUUCUGACAGCGUUAAAACGACAGGCUAAAAGGUUGAAAGUUUUGAACUCCGAUGAAAACAUACAGGGUCUGAAGUUGUCAAAGCUAAAAAUAUGAUAGUUUUUUGCUCAGAUUACUAUUUCGACCCUAGAGCAUUACUGCAGUGUACGCCGACGCUGUUCCUGACGCUAAUGACUUCUUUUAACCAACGAUGACUUUCCACAUGCGUCAAAGCGCCGUCGUUGACUAGAAAUAUGUAUCGCUUAUCUAAAAGUUAUAUUAAGCUCACAGGCCUACUUUGAACUAGGAGGGAAUUUUUACCAAAUUCGAACAAAGACUUCCUAAUUGAGUUUCAAUAUUCCGUGAUCUGGGCUGGCCACAUGGCCUGACCUCGCCCAAAAUCCUAUCAGUGCCUGUUUAAGGUGAGUUAGGUAUGUGCCGCACCGAGUACGAGGCUGCCAAUAGGCUGCUAGGUGACCUGAGUACAGUUUAUCUUCAAAAGUUUCCCUUUUGACACUUUGUUUGGCCAUUUCGACGAUUUGUAGUAGCAUACGCAACAGCAACAAUAACGCAUAACGGCGAAACAAGUGCCUCUAACCGACGUAGGGAAAUACUUUCGGUUAUAGCAGAAGCGUUCGACACGUCAAUAUCCAGCACUCAGGAAAAUCCGAACCAGAAAGCAAUAAGCUGCUAUGUUUCUACUUGACCAAAGUCACUGUUAAAAUGAAUUGUCAAUAGCGGUAUAACGUAACGCAAGAUGCCGAUAAAUGCCCACGGUUGCUACACCUAACACGUCGAUAUCGUCGCCCCAGGACGUCCAAGCUAUCACCUGUCAGGCGAGCGGGUGGAAAAUCGGCAGCGGCAGGAGUUACGAAUACUUCGAAGAUUAUUUCUAUCGCAGUUCAAAGAAAUUAAGUGAAGCAGCGUUGAGCAGGACAGGGUUUCUUUAAGUUACAGUACAUAUAGACGGUUUUGUCACUGGAGAGACGGUUAUCAUGGGUAAACAAACAGCCCAACUAGUCCCGGGAUGACACAAUCGAAAGGAUAACGACUACGUGUAAAGAACAGAUAGCAGAAUGUAUAGCAGUCGUGUAAAACGUUAACUAAUAAUGACGACACAACGAAACAAAAAACAGCAUUUCUCUAAGUCAUAUUCAGCUCUUGCUCAGUUCAGUUCUGCAAACAAUACAGAAAUUCGCUAAGCAAAAAUAGAUAUACCUCUGAAUCGGCCAAUCAAGAAAACGGCUAAAAUACGCAGUAGUAAAAGGGUCGAAAGUACCUCGUCAAUUAGAGAGUUGGGUGCGUGGGAAGCGCAAGCUGUGACCUGCUAGCCGGAAAAACGUGAAAAAUCGGUGCUGACUCAAAGAGAGUUCUUUGAAGUGUAGUGGCUCAAGGACAGUGCAUCGUUCUAAGCAUCAUUCAGCCGUGUGAACUAUAGUGGUACGUUGUGAAGCUUAGUUCUCGUACAGGCUGUAAAUAUACCUUCAAUGCAAAAUUCAGCAAUGACAGUUUUGUGGACAAGUGAAGAUCAGUGCCUAAAAACGUUGUGGAUACCUCAAUUUCAUAAUGUCAAUUCGAUAUCAAGUCGGCUGUGUUGAAUCAGAGGAGUUUUCCGUGCACUGCUUCCCUAAGCUCGGUGUGAAAUAUCCGUAGCAGUCUUCUAGCGUGUCCGAGGACGGUGUACAUUUAACGUUCAAAGAAAAUACGAGAAUUGAUAUCAUCGUAGUCAACCAAGUAACAGAUUUGAUAACAUUCUGGGAUUAGCAUCCCAACAUUCCAUAAUCACCGUGCCGUGCUGAAAGUUUGUCAGGCUGUACCUAACCUGGAGGAUCUGCACUUGGGUAGCUUCCUCGAGCCACCCUCUACUGCACAAUACUUAAUCGACAACUAUACCGUGCUAAAUAGAGAGACGAGCAUGGAGCCUGCUCAAGAACAUAGCCAUUAUUUACGGCCAGCGUCAAACAACAUCACUAUGGCCUUGUUCGCCAUGAUGGCGGGUGGUAACCUAAGCACUAUUGCUCAGCGAAACCUUAGCGAGGAGCUGUUGGCGAUGGCGGUAUCCGUAUUAAACAGCAGCAAUCACUUCGUAACAACGGCCGAAGCAGAAAUGCAGGACGAGCGUGUCAUAUCCGAGAAAAUCACCAUGACUAUUUUUUAUAGUGUGAUUUUCAUCACGGGGGUGUUUGGCAACAUCUGCACAUGUCUUGUAAUCGCGCUCAAUCGGUACAUGCAUACGGCAACGAACUACUACCUAUUCUCGUUAUCAAUCUCGGACUUGCUUUUACUGUUGCUGGGUUUGCCAAACGAUACCAUACAGUUAUGGGCGUCCGAACAGAAGGUCAGCUAUACGUUCUGCAUAGCAAGAGGGUUUCUGUCAGAGACGGCGACGGACGCUUCGAUACUUACAAUAACAGCGUUCACUAUGGAGCGUUACGUCGCCAUCUGUCACCCGCUCAGGGCACACAGAGUGUCAACAUUGGAACGCGCUGUGAAGACCAUCUUAAUCGUAUGGAUUGCUGCAGCGACGAGUGCCUAUCCGAUCGUUGCACAGUAUGGUUUAAACGAGGAUGGCAUCUGUACAGUUGUGAAUAAUUUUCUACCGAACAUGUUCUUGAUAUCAACGGUACUAUUUUUUAUCAUGCCGCUAACCGUCAUCGUAGUUCUGUAUGUGCUCAUCGGUUUGCAGCUGAGAAGAUCGGCGAGUGCGGGGACCAGGGGUGACGUUUCGCCAGAUACCCGACAGCAUCACCAGCAUAAUCGACAACAGUUGCAGCAACAGCAGCAGAGCUGCCGUGAUGAAAACGGGAGUAUACGGACAAGUUGCAAAACGCCCAGACACACCGGUGGUGGUUCGAAGAGGGCUGUCGUAAAAAUGUUAGUCGCUGUUGUAAUAUCGUUCUUCGUCUGUUGGACUCCAUUCCACAUUCAGCGGGUGUUAGCUCAGUCGCUUUCGGACAUCAGCGCAGACGACGGGGCACAAGAGCCAAACAGACAGUUGCUAACUGUUUACGUGAUCAUUCACCACGUUUCGGGCAUAUCCUACUAUCUCAGCGCUACGGUCAAUCCAAUCUUAUAUCAGGUUUUGUCUUUGAAGUUUCGUCAGGCGAUGCGAGACACGUUUUUACGUUGUUGCACACAUUGUUGUUGCGGGUUGUUCGCUUGUCAUGGAGAGGAACAGACGUUUACGACGAACUUCUACAAUAGUAGUCAUCAGGCUAGCGGCUUGACGCGGAACGCAUCUACUAGGUGUUCGACGAUGGGGCGAAACAAUUUUACCGGUAGCUGUAGAAGUUACUCACCAACGAAUAGUACCAUACUAGAUCGAAGUGGCAGUAAUAAACUUAACAAUCGUGGGACUCCUGUUACCGUGGCCAACAGCGACCUUCUACCCGAAAAGAGCGAUAGCGUAGUACGCAGACCGCUCACGGAUGCAAAUGGUCUGUUGACAGUUGACGUUGCCCCGACAAUAAUUCAAAUCCCAGAGACCAAGGACACCACCAAGAACAAGGAGAGCAAGACUAAAAUGAAGGAUGCAACGAAUCGAGAACGGCUCAUUGCACUAGCCAAUAACAAGACGAACGGAAACCCACAAGUGAUCGUGACGACCGAGACGUGAACCCUUCAAAGGUUAGGUACGGUAACAGCAGAGUCCUUAUAGCUAAAAUGAACACUUAAAAGUACCCGAAGUGCCAAAUAAGAUAUCCAUUACAUAUAGAGUAAAGUUUGUUUUAAGCACAAUUGUUCUUAAAAACACUUAUGGUUCUAUAACAUAUAUAUGCGUUAUGGCGGAGCUACGUCAUAUCUACACAACUUCGUCCCAUCCUCGCAUCAUACUUCAAAAUACAUCAGAGCAAAACAGUUCAGGGAUUUAGAUCACUGUCGUGAUCUUAACUAGACAGGUGGUGCUUUUUUGUUUCAUUGUUCUCACGAUGGCGAAAAGACAUAUACACCUGUGUCAUUAUCUUGGUUAUUAUAGAAAAUAAAGCAAAUGGUAGGCACGUUUAAUAUAAUUAGUGUAACCGAUCUACCAGGUAGGCUAUAAAUGUUUCUUUGCUCAGAGUGAAUGUACCUUAAUAGCGCCGAUACAUACGAUUCAAGGACGGCUGUUGCAUGCUUAAUGAAGCUGAAUACUGAACCACUAAUAUGGGGAGGCAGUGAACCAGAUAGAACGACCGGGUAUUUUUGUGACCUACAAACGAUAAUAAUCUUUCGUUAUUGUCUACUAAUAGAACUUUAACUCAAACUCAUACUUACCUGUAAUAACAAUUGUGAAGAUAAUUCAGCGUACAACAUCGGUGUACGAAAUGAAGCCAAGAAGAAUAUAUAAAUAACCUCUAGAACGACUAUAUCACAAGGAAAAACAUCGUUCAUUGAUACAUGAGGUCACUCCCUUAUUCAGUAAAUAGUGAUAAACAUAUGAUCAAACUAGGGUUAGACAGAUUAGAUAUACAGACUGUGAACUGUAAAUAUCUUAUUGAAAUGAACAUGGUGGAGUGAAGAUAGAGCAACGGGUUGAGCAAACGCAAGUCGUUUGUGCUUGUCAAUGACGAAAAUAAAAAUGAAACCAAGGUUUGUAUCAACGAUAAAAGCUACGCUGUUGAGCACAUAUUUAUGUUGUUUUUAUGCGCAUACAUACGCAUGCAAGGACAGAUUGUCAUGUCGUCCUCGAAAGAAGAAUAACUCCGUAAAAGGCCCGCUUUUUUCGUGGACGCCAAUAAUGUGUUUAUUCCAGCCACUAUUCUCUUCCUGUCUUAAUUGAAUCGUAUGGAAUCAAAGAUGAUUUGGACAAGGAUGUGGAAGCUCUUUCGCUUAUUGGUUAUUGCGCCAAGCGAGCGCCAUUUUUACGAUUUUGCUGUAUUACUAUGACAUGGACAUCUUCUCCUGGUGAAACAAAUUCAGGCGAACAGUUUUGCUUAGGGUGUCGUUAGUUCUGAUGCGACGCUGCUACCGCUUAGCCAUCAUUCAGGCUGAGUCCUAUAAACCUAUGCGUAUAUAGAUGAAUAGCUUCAAACGAGGUGAGAAUUCGACGAAUUGUGACUUCUAUUGUCUGAAAGAAUGGUACAGGCUAAAACAGUUAUGCCAUUGCAAUUUCGAUUGCGGCGUACCAAUUCAAUGCCUCCGCACAAAUAGCUUGCUACGUUGAGCGUAUAUAUUUCUAAUAGGAGAAGGAAAUUCACAGUGAGGCCGGCUAAAAAUUUCCAGUGUCGCCAAAUACGCUCGAUCAGUAGGUAAAGUGAACCUUAGGUACAGCCAGAGGGUCCGAGCCGUCAAAAUCGUCACUGUGGAAUACAUAAACCGUUAAAUUUGUCCAAGCUAGCCGUAUUUGCAACGGUCUAUUUUCGGCUCAGCAAGAGAAUAACCUGAACGAUACGUCGUUAGUUGAGAACGUAACGAAGACGGUCAAUAUCUGCCUAUAGCUGGUCCUAUGCGCCAUUGGUGUGACGCUUCUAACUUGCAUGCGGAUUCUAUAUCCGUCUCUAUAUCUAGUCAUAUAGAAAAGAAUAUCCUAUACCUAUACUCCAUGAUACGGGGACCCUCGAUUGACCGUUUCUCCUGCUCGGCAAGCAAAACAUUAAUCGACCUUGGGUGGACCUUAAUUCAUUCUAUAUACUAGAGAUAGAUAGAUUCAGUUUAAAAUAAGCUGAACUGAGACUACGUACACUAAUGGUGCUUCUGUUUUUGAAGUUUCACGUCCUAGUGCCAUCUAGCCUGCUUCUUACUGAAUAAUAGAAGCAGAAAGAUAGAUAACCCCUCUUACUCAGGGAAAAAAAGAUUGGCCAUGCGAGAGCUUCACAUGUAGCUGAUAACACUGUUUAUCUAUGUGUAUUGGCGAUUACUGAUUUUCUAAACUGUUGUUAUGCUAAGCAUUAUUAUUAUUACCCUUUAGGGAGAGAAUCUAUAAAUGUAAAUGUGUAUAGAGCACCUCAAGAACCGUACAAGACACGUAAAUCACACAACUUACAAAAACGUCGGGACAUCGAAGCUGCGCCAUCUUUAACAAUAUUAGAAUAGGGAUAUGACGUAGUAACGAUAUGAUGAUGAUGGAUAAUGCUAUUAUAUAAUACACAGUUGUACUAUGCGUUAAAAUGAGCUUUGAUUGUGUCCUUCACCCAAUCCAGGAGUAAUAUAGGGUCGUCUGGUGAACAGUACGACCAUAUUGUGUCAACCUGAAUUCUGAACGAUAGAAAUAGCUAUUUCAGGGUGCAAGGUCGUGACUUAUGAAAACGUUGCCAAGCGGACGAUCAGAGUUACGCUACGAGUUCAAUCAGUAGAAGCUAGUUAAUGAACGCUUAAUAAUCUUGUGUAGUUGCUAACUGAGUUUGCAUUAGGUUAAUUUAAUGGGGUUAAUUUACAAACAAACCUAAACACGGCACUCAGAGAUAAUAAUUCGAACUGUACUCAGGAUUUUGACAACAAUGAAGUCGGCGUACGUGGCAUCGGAGCUUGGAAAGAGCUCUUACGAACGUUGGAUCCGAAAAUUGGCUUUAAGACAUGUUUAGUUUGGAUAGAAAACAGAUAAUAUUAAACUGUCCAACAAGAUAACGUGGAACGUUAAAAAUUUUUUUGUGCGUCACAGUCGGCAUGCGCUACGUUACCGUCAUUUCAGGCAACUAACCGUUGUCCAAUGAAAGCCUACCGUACUAACGCAUGGACACCAGCUAAAUUUCAAAUUUUAUUAAACUAUACUCUAUUUUCUAAUUCGUAUAGGAAAGUUCUUAUAAACAGAAGUGUAGCAGGUAACGUACACAUUUCCUUUGCAGCACAAUUAAUGGGAAGUAUAAGAAAAUCUCCUCGGAUCUAAGUCUUUUUUCUCAAAGUUGCAGAUUUUGUUCCGCGCACACUUGAAUACUUGGUCCUCUCUUCAUUUCCAUAUACCACGUCCUAUUUCUCGCUAACACUGCCGCCACUGUCAGAUCCGCUUUAAAGGUCCAAAUAAAAUAACCUAAUGUAAGAAGAUUACAGCCGUUAGCCCACACAUCCCUAUAUUCUGCCGUAUAAUGGUGUUAUGGCAAGAAGCAGAAGAAAUACACUGACAAACGUUGGAUAAUGCGAUCUGAUGAACAUCGACGAGGAUUUGCAGGAGACAUCACUGUCACUAAACACCAAUACUCACCAAGCCGUGAACUCGAAUCCAGCGUAAAGUUAUAAACCAUCAAGUUUAUUGUGAUUAGAUACUUGAAUUCAGCUUUCAACUAAAUUAUGUACAUAAGCCCUGCUUGCUGGACAUACUUAGAAUUAGUUACUAGUUCGGUGACGCAUACACUACGUAAAAUAGGCCCGCCAAACUGGGCAUUUCUUCCUCUCUGUUUCGAUAUAACUCCAGCAGACCUUAUGUAAAGGUAGCACUAAUACGCCAUUACCAACCACCUUUACAGAUAGAAGAUAUCGUAUCGGCAGCAGCAUUCUUGUUUCAAAUAGGCAAAUUAUAAUUAGCUCUUAUGAAAGACCAAAUUUUGGCUUCUGUUAGUAGUUGUUUCACAUAUGCUUAUAUUGAUAAGGUACAGCCUAGAGCUCCUCACGCAAAACAGCAAAAAUGCGUUACAGGUAUCUACUACUAAAACUGGUUCAGCCAAAAAGGCCUACGUACCUUUGCAGUGCACAUGGCAUAUGCACAGAAGAUCCCCCCCCCCCUCCUCAGUGACUUCGGCUAACUAUUUAUUUCCGAAUGGCCGGGCGCCACGUUCGGAUAAAUACGGAAAUAUAGUAUGUUAAUGUAUGUACACUAUAUAUACAUAUAAAUAUCCAUCUCAGCACAGCCAACACAUGUUUUUGUAAAUAGCUCAACUGUUCAUUAGUACGACGGUGUCAAAAUAUACAUAUAUUGAAAAGUCAAGAAAAAUCAAUUGUGCAGGUCAAGAAUACAGCGUGAAGAUACAGAAGUUAACUAUCGUGAUGGAUGACAUCCAAAGGGUCCUAGACGGUCUUGCCAGGUCCGUGAAAGCGAGACACCAAGCUCAGGAAGCAGAGGAACUAACGGAUAAUAGUCAUGCCUAUGCUGGGCCAAGGAAGUUAAAAGAAGACAUACUCAAACGAGAAUAACAGCAAUGCUAACUAUUAUAUCUAAAUAUAUACCAUUGAAGCUAGAUCGAGAAAUAGUGGUGAUAUUAUAAAUCAUGUAAAAUGAAAUACUGGUGUAUAUAAAAUGGGAAAAAAAUACAUCUAUUCGCUAGGCGA